CCCGAGCCCGGCGCCCCCGCCGCCCGGCCCCACCUCAUCUUCAUCCUCGCGGACGACCAGGGCUUUCGGGACGUGGGGUACCACGGGUCGGAGGUGCGGACGCCCACGCUGGACAGACUCGCUGCCGAGGGCGUUAAACUGGAGAACUACUACGUCCAGCCGAUCUGCACACCGUCCAGGAGUCAGCUUAUCACCGGAAAGUAUCAGAUACACACCGGACUCCAGCACUCUAUCAUAAGACCCACCCAGCCCAACUGCCUACCUCUGGACAAUGCCACCCUCCCCCAGAAGCUCAAGGAGGCUGGCUAUGCCACGCACAUGGUCGGAAAGUGGCAUUUGGGUUUCUACAGGCAAGAAUGCAUGCCCACCAGGCGAGGGUUUGACACCUUUUUCGGCUCACUCCUGGGAAGCGGCGACUACUACACCCACUACAAAUGUGACAGUCCCGGCAUGUGCGGCUAUGACCUGUAUGAAAACGACCAUGCUGCCUGGGACCAUGACAGCGGCAUGUACUCCACACAGAUGUACACGCAGAGAGUGCAGAAAAUCCUAGCUUCCCACGACCCCAGGAAGCCUCUGUUCCUAUAUAUCGCCUACCAAGCUGUUCACUCCCCGCUGCAAGCCCCCGGCAGGUACCUGGAGCACUACAGGUCCAUCGCCAACAUCAACAGACGGAGGUACGCAGCCAUGCUCUCCUGCCUGGACGAAGCCGUCAGCAACGUGACCCUGGCUCUGAAGACGCAUGGCUUCUACAACAACAGCAUCAUCAUCUACUCUUCAGACAACGGGGGCCAGCCCACCGCGGGGGGGAGUAACUGGCCCCUCAGAGGGAGCAAGGGAACCUACUGGGAGGGGGGCAUCCGGGCCGUGGGCUUCGUGCACAGCCCCCUCCUGAAAAACAGGGGCACGGUGUGCAGGGAGCUGGUGCACAUCACCGACUGGUACCCCACGCUCGUCUCCCUGGCGGAAGGGCAGAUUGACGAGGACGUCCAGCUGGAUGGCUACGACAUCUGGGAGACCAUCAGCGAAGGCCUGCGCUCGCCACGCGUGGACAUCCUGCACAACAUCGACCCCAUCUACCCCCGGGCGAGGAACGGCUCCUGGGCGGCCGGCUACGGGAUCUGGAACACGGCCGUGCAGUCGGCUGUCCGGGUGCAGCACUGGAAGCUGCUCACGGGGAACCCAGGCUACAGUGACUGGGUCCCACCUCAGGCCUUCAGCAACCUGGGGCCAAGCCGGUGGCACAACGAACGGGUCACCUUGUCAACUGGCAAGAGCGUGUGGCUUUUCAACAUCACCGCCGACCCCUAUGAGAGGGUGGACCUCUCGGGCAGGUACCCCGGCGUCGUAAGGCAGCUGCUGCGCAGGCUGUCGCAGUUCAACAGAACCGCGGUGCCCGUCAGGUACCCCCCCAGGGACCCCAGAAGCAACCCUCAGCUCAAUGGGGGAGUCUGGGGGCCCUGGUACAAACAGGACAGCAAGAAAAAGCAGGCACACAAAAGCAAGGCUGAGAGGAAGCAGAAGAAAAGUAAGAGAAAGAAGAAACCACAGGACACAGGCUCCGUCCCCAGGUGCCACUCGGGUGCUCAUCGCGGCUGAGUCCCGAGCCUUCCCGCCUGCUCGAACGCAGGUCACGUCUCAGUCCCUCUACAGUGCUGAAGGCCAACCAGCAAGGGCGGCCCAGCACUCUCACUGCACAAGCAGCAGACUUGUCACAUCGGGCCACCUGGCCGCCAUGUGGGGCACUUGUGCUCGGUGCCAAAGGGGCUGGCAUUGGUGCCACGCUUAGAGGACAUGGACACAUCUGUCCCCUGCUCCUUUAUAAAGCUGCCCUGGACGGGAUCGGCUCAGCUGCUGUGCUUCCAGGGCCCAAAUGCUGCCUGAAUUCCAGCAGGGACAGUAACACGCGCUCGGCCAGUGGCCAGCUAACUGCACAGAAGCUCGGGCAGGGCCUGGGACAAGUGGCGUCAAAGCCGAUGGCCCUCAGGCUCCAGAAAUGAUUUCCUUACAGAGUUUCUGUGUCUCCACAUGUGGCACGUGGGUCCUCAGACAGGUUCUACUUCUCGUGUUAUUUUGUUAUUUCCUUUCCUGUGAAAAGCAGCUGUUUUUCUCACAUGAGCAGCUCGUACCUCAUUUUGUCACACGUGAGGGGACGGCAAGUGACGACGUCUGAGCACACCGCCAAAACAUGAAUGUAACUGUUUUCUAAACACUUUAAUAGAGGACGUUUCAGCGUAAAGUACUUAACUUAUUUUUAUAGAAACAAAGUAAUUAUUUUGUUUUCAUAAAAAGUUAUACAAAUGACUUUUAAUUAUUUUAUUUCCGACAUACUAUUAGAAUUUUAUUUCAUAUCCUCAAGAUUACCAAGCACUGUAAUACUACAAAUUACUGUAAUACUGUGUGAAUACACAGAACAUGAAAAGAAAAUUAUGCAGAAAAAAUGAUCAUUAAUCAGCAUUAUUUUGAAUAUAAGAUGAAUAUACUCCUUAAAAGUUACUUGGAAAGGCAAUGUUUGUACAGAGUUGAAUGACAAUUCUAUUGCUUCUAUCAUAGCUUAUUUAUGUAUCUUAAUUAUUAAAAUGAUUUAUUUUAUAGCACUAGCAAAUUCAGCAUGGCUUUUCUGAUCUAACUUCUAGAUAACAUAUUAUUCAUCUUAACAAACAAAAAUCUUUAUAAAUAGGCAAUUGAAGGUACAAUUUACUAACAACCGUACUAAAUAGCAUGGGUUUUGCAAAUAAGAGAUGGUCCGCUUGCCUACUACAUGGAGAAACCGUUCUCUGUUACUGAAUAACACUGAUACUGACCCUGCUCUUACACAGAGGACACAGUGGGGAGACGGACAGACAUGCAGCCAUGGGUCCUGCGAGGGGCGGCUCUGACCCGAAUUGUGGGGCUGUCUGUCUACAAACACCAUGAGGAGCCCAGGGCAGGUGGCCCUGCGGUGUGUGACAGGCGCCCUGGGGCAGGCGGGGUGGCCCCCGUGGGCCCCGGAGCUUCCCCUAACGGCCCGGGUAAUACAGAGGCCUCGGGGCGGCUCAGCCUACACGGGAGGGCGGGGAGCAGGCCUGGGACACCCGAGGCUGCACUGUGAGAACAGCGUGGGUGGGGCCCGCCAACCGACGAUGAAAUACCUUCAGAUGAGAACUCAAAGGACUGCCCCUCACAGAUUAUGGAAACCAAUAAAAGAAUAUACAGUCUAUUACUGAAAUUACUAACUAAAACAGACAAAAUGAUUAAACGUUUUUAAUUUUAAAUAUUUUGCUUUCAGAAUAUAUAGUUCCAUCUCAUUAUGUAGGAUGAAAAGCUACUUCCUGAGUUGUGUUUUGUCAGCUGUAGAUUUAAAUGGGUCAUAAAACUCAAAGGCACAUCAUCUGUGUUUUCCUUGCCUUUCUUAGUGGCACAUAAAAUAAUGAGAUGACUCAUAACACAUGGUGUUUUAUAGUUCAAAAUAUACACAGUUAUCGUCCUACUAAAAGUUCUGAUGUAAAAUAAGUUCGGGAAAUGCUGAGUUAAAGGGUGACUUCAGUGCAGAUUUUCUUAGGGUGUUGAAAUUCCUAGUUUUCCUUUUAAAUCUGUAACAGAAGGAAGCUUUUUAGACAGUAUUUUCUAAUUUAUUUCACCAUAAAAUCCUAUCUAUAACACAUUGCAGGGAACUAGGCAAAGUACAGAAUAGACUUUGAAAGUUGCUAGUGUAAACAGAACCUUCUAGAAGUUCCCUAGCAAGUCAAAAAAGGAGCAAAGGGGCCAAUUGGGAUAAUGAAAAUUAAUAUGUGAACCCAGAAGGCAUCAUGGGAUAUGAUGUGAUUUCCAGAUCCCUAUAAAUGACCAUAACUUUCUCAUUGAGAAUAAAGUAGCUCGCAGUUUCCUACCUGGAAACGACUCCACAGUUGUUGUUCCCUGGCUGUAAGCACCCAGCAUGGCACUGGGCAGCCUGUGACUUAAGAGAAGACUGUGUCUUGCCCUUAAGAGCGAAACUCUAAUAUAGUCAUCAUGUAUAAAUGAUGACCGUUUCCAAAAUGCUGUCAGAGUCAGUGGGCAUCAGCAGACGCCCUUCACGUGGGUGCCCUAAUCUGUAUACGACGUGAUGCCGACACCCGUCUCCGGUGCCCUGACAUGGCCCCCAGAGAGCUCUCCUAACCUGUGACCCUCUGGUGGUAACACAGAGAACCAACCCCUCCAUUGACAAAAGGGUCGCAGCAGCUUUGUGAGAAAACCAUGUGUGGGCAUGGCUCUGUGUCUUGGAUGAGAAAAGACAGGAACCAUUUUCUCCAAAUCACGAGACAAACAAAGCUCUUGGUGCCCUUCCGUGUGCCAGGUCCCCCACAGGACCGGUUCCAUCCAUCCUUACAUACUCUUUCCUCACUUUUGAAAAAAUGAGUUACAGUUUCCUUGACCUGGCCCCUUUUUACAACCUCAGGACUAGAGGAGAAACUGGGACCGAGCACAUGGGUAACACACGGCCACCUCUGAUGCCCGGGGCACAUGGCUCUGGCACCAGGAUCAGUACCUUUGGCCCUGUAUUCACAGGACCCUCGGGCACGCAGAUGGCGAGUUUGCUGGCAGUGCUCAGAAAGUGUGUCGUUGGCAGGAUCGAGAUAGCUUGCCAAAAGUGGCAAACAAAACUUAGGUCACAAGCUAACGACUGCAAUGCCCCCUUUUAGCGAAUUACUUAUUAAAACUCGUUCAUUGAACAAGUAUUCCUUAAAUCCUCCUAUCUGUCAGGCAGUAUUUCUAGAUGCUUGAAAUACAUCAGGGAACAAAACGGGUAAAAAUUCUUACCCUUGGGCAGGCUACACUCUAGCCGAGUUAGACAGCCAAGAGUAAUAAGCAAAUUAGAUGCUGACAAAGAAAGAGCUCAUGGAAGAGAAAGAUCCACUCAGCACCACGUUUAUCCAUCCAUUCGCUCAACAUUUACUGUGCCACACGCAGUGAUGCACGCUGGUGGGGUGACAGUAACAUGGGACAGGGCCCCACCGCCAGGGGUGUGCAUUUUCCCGGGGGACACACAGCACGAAGCACAGGACCAGCCACUCUCCUCCCCACGCUCUUCCCUGUAAUAUACCCUGCAAUAUAUUUCCUGUUUUACUUACGUAUUUUCUGUACUCUGUCUCCUCCCACUAGGGUAUAAAGCUUCUUAAGAAACGUGAUCUAUAUCUACUCCAUUGACAGCACAGAAAACAGUGCCGGCUCAUAGUCAGCAUUCAGUAUUUAGUUUUUGAAUGAAUAAAUAAAAAUCACAUAUGUCCAUACAUUUAACUACAUUUGCUUGGGUUCCACUUUUCAUGUCCUGUGUAGGGAUUUCACUGUGGAAAAUAGAGUGAUUCAUCUUUAACACCUUUCCUCAAAAUAAUAGCAAUGAUGUGAAAUGCAGAAAUUUCUAGCACAUAAAAAAACCAACUCUAAUAAUGCAGAUUUAUAGGAGCAGAGUGUUACAGCAAAGCCAAACAAAAAUUAUG